AUGAGAUCAAGCCCGCGAGCGGUGGCGCCGCAGGCUUUGGCCGUGUGCGGCGUGAUUGCGUUUGUGCUGCUGUUUCGGGAGUUUUAUCUCAUCCGCACGACGCUGACGGAGAUGCACCAACACCAGACACAAGGAGGCACGCCACCCCUGCUGCGAGGUGCGAUAGAGAGCGGGGAUCAGGCUGCCGUCAAGGCACACGCCCCCGUCCACGUGAACACUCGAGAAGUGGACUCCACAACUGCUCCACCACAAUCCAACAACAACAACAACAACAACAACAACAACAACAACAACAACAACAACAACAACAACAACAAUGAGAAGAAGAAUGGGUUUGUGGAGCCUGUACGGGACCCGUCGUGGGUGCUGCUGCCCGAUGAUGAAGUGAAGGUCGUUGAACGCCUGCCUGGAGAGGGCGUCGUUGGGCCCGACAUCUUGGACGUGGAGCGGCAAGGGCGGGGCGUCCUCUUCAACGCCAUCCACAAGGACCCCGACGCGCAGCGCGUGUCACGCGCCAUCGCCGAGGCCGCACGAUCCGCCAAGCGCAUGCACACGGUGCUGGCAGAGGCUGGCCUCGAGGAUCGCUACGGCUUUGCCCUCUUCACGGAGCGCGCGCCUUGGGAGUUUAUGAACGACGAUGUGCGCUGCAGGGACCACCUGUGGUCCGAGUGUGCAGAGUUUCGGGAAACCAAGGCCUACUUCACGCACGUGCGCUUCUACGACGACCUGAACAUCCCGCCGGUCAUUGAGCGGCGUGAGCGGUUUCAGACUUGGCCGCGCCUCUGGCUCAUGCGCAUCAUCGCCACCCUCAACUCGCCCUUUGAGGAGACGCUCAUUGUCGACUCGGACGUGUACGCGUGCAGCACCUUUGACCGCAUCUUCGACGACUUCCUCGGCAACGGCGACGUCGCCAUAACGCAGGCGCCAGCGCCGUUUGGCAGCUCCCGUAACUACAAGGGCGCCUUCCGCACAGGCUUUCCGAUGCGCUACGAGGAGUUUACGGAGCGAAACCUGGGCCUGCAGCUGCUGCGGACGGGCGAUGUGCGCGUGAUGCAGCUUGUCUCGCUGUUCCGCGACGUGUACGUGCGGCAGGUGAACGAUACGGCUCGCGUGAGCAUCGGCAACGACCAGAGCGCUUUCAGGGAGGCGCUCUUCACCAUGGGCAAUGAUAUCCAGGAGACAAUCAUCCCGCCAAACAUUGGCUGCAGGCAUGACGCUGGGUGUGCGGACGGGUGCCUGCUCGUGCAUCGGCACCACCGCCCAGAACUCUCUGGCAAGGAGUACCAGGAGUGGAAGCGGCAGCAGAAUGAGCUGCAGAAGCAAAAGCAGCAGCAGCGACAACAGCAGCAAGAGGAGGGAGGGGAAAAUCAGAACUAG